AAGCAACCAAAAUGCAAUGUCGGGGGGUAUUUCAAAACAGAUUCUUUGGUAUAAUGAUUUUUUUGGUGAACAACAUCCGUGUUUUAAGACCCCUUCAUUAUGUUUACAAUUAUGUCCUGAGUAUAAAUGCACUCUAACAAGCAACAAAACUUUGUACAAUGAAAGUGACGCAGUAAUAUUUCAUCGAAUUGGUCUCGGAAACACUCCACCUAUUAAACAUCCACAUCAAGCUUGGAUAUUUUUUUUGAUGGAAUCACCAUCAAAUUAUCCUCACAUACCAAGUAAUUAUAACGACAAAUUUAAUUGGACAGCAACUUUUAUGAGAGUUAGUGACGUCCAUGUGCCGUAUUCUGUAACUAGAAAGUUGCCAGAGAUUAAUCAAACUGCUUUGAAGAACCAAGACUUUUAUGCAGGCAAAGAGAAGAAGAUAAUAUGGGCUGUUAGUAACUGUCGUACAAUAGGUGGUAGAGAGAAAGUGGUUGAAGCACUUAAGAAACUAGGAUGGCAGGUUGAUAUAUAUGGUGCUUGUGGGUCCAAGAAAUGUCCACGUGGAAGCGAGUGUGAAAAAACCAUUGGAAAAACCUACAUGUUUUAUCUAGCAUUUGAGAACACCCUAUGUGAGGAUUAUAUAACAGAAAAACCAGGGAAUGCCAUUAUUAGAUGGGAGAUCAUACCAAUAACUUAUGGAUAUGGAAAUUACACAGCACACCUUCCGCCGAAUUCAUUCAUAAACGUCAACUCAUUCCAAACUGUUAGUGAUCUGAGUAAACAUCUCAAUAAGGUGGCAGAGUCAAGAGACCUAUAUAACAGUUAUUUUGAAUGGCGCAAAACACAUUCUUAUUUGCCAAGUAACUCUUAUUGGGCUUGUGAUAUUUGCAAAAAAUUACAUAACAAUCACUACAAUUAUUACAAAGACAUGGAAAAGUGGUGGUCUAAAGAUCGAUGUAUUUCAAUGCCAAUUUCACUCUGACAAGCCUUUUCUUUGGCUUUUCAUUUUAAAGAUAGCUUAUAAAAUUUUAAUUGAGUGAUUUACAUAAUCUUAUAUCCAGGUAACUGCAUCUUCGUUCACUCGGCAUCCGUCGAUGAAUGCAGUGAAGACC